AUUUUUUUCUUGGAUAUAGUGAUGAAGCUUGGUUCAAUUCCUAGAUAACUUGAAGAUUAAACAAGUGGUUGCACAACAAUUUUUUGAAGGCCCCGCUCCUGUGUAUGCAAUUUAUGAACAGGAAGGUGGAGGAGGGAACUUGCAUUUCUUGAAGCUUUGCAGCGCAUGAAUAGAUAGGGGGAGAACAAAGAGAGCAAACAGCCAAACAAACAGCAGCCUUUAUAUUCUUCUUUGGCUGAAGACGGCUGUUUGCAGUGGAACCAUAUAAAUUGGGCAUGCGAUCAGAGGUAAAAUGGAUGAUUAUAUGCGAGAAAUGAUGGAUCUGAAGACCCUGGUGACUCGAUCUCUGGAAAAGAAAGGCAUCCUUGCUAAGCUUAGAGCGGAGUUGAGAGCCAGUGUUUUUGAAGCAAUUGAAGACGAGGAUCAUGCUCUAGAAAAUGAGGAAGGAGCUGUGCCUGCUUUACUUGGUAGUUGUAAUGAUAAAGCUAAACAGCUUCACACCUCUCCAUCAGGCAAGUUGUUGACUGCACUAAUUUGUGAAUAUUUGGAAUGGGCGCAGUUGGGGCAUACAUUGAAAGUGUAUUUGCCCGAGUGUAAUUUGCCUAAGGGCUUCUGGAAAUCUGAGCUCAGAGAGAAAUUUGGCUCAAAAGUUGAUGCAGACUCUAAUAAUGAUGGUGAUAAUGGGCCAUUGCUGUUGGAAGUCCUGGAAACUUAUUUGAACCGUGAGCAACAAAAUGAUUCUGGUAACUUUCCUAUGAGUAAUGCAAGGAGAUCUGCUACAGAAGGUGCCUCAACAUCCAGUCCUGAUGAUUCUUCAUCCAACAUUGAAAGGCAUACGCGCAAGCAUCUGACAUCACUUGCUGGCGGUUUACCUCCACUUUCACGGCUCACACCAGCUGCACAAUUUUCUUCUGGUUCUUUACGAAAUUCAAGUCUUGGGAAUGUCUCAGAUCGCAUGAGCGAUGUUAAUUCAUCUGGGACCAAUCAUAAAACCAGUUCAAACAUUCCUUUUGCUGGAACUUCAAGAGAAAAUGGUUCUUUUCCAGCUACAAGAAAAGAAGACAAUGGUUGGAGAUAUGGUGAUGAUCAACACUCAGAUGAUAUAAUCAGAGCAUCUAAUGCCAUGGAAAACAUCCAGCUAGAUAGAAAAGCUCGCAGUUUAACUAGUUCUUGGAGGAACAUUGAUGAUGGCAUUAGAGAGGAUGAUUCACAAUCAGAACGAGACACGUUCUAGCAUAGGUUAACUUGACUGGAUUUCUCUUUGUGAUUUCUCACUGGCGUUUGUCAUGAGCUCUGUUUUUGCAAUUGUUUCCUGUAACCAGACAGUAUUUGUUCUCGCUUUACCAGUUCUUCAUAUUUGUGCUAAUUGUAGCUCAUUUUCUGAUCUCAUUUUCUAAUCUGGUUUUUAAUCUCUAAAUGUGAGCUACUUCAAGUUUUUUAAUAUAUUGAUUUGCUUCUCAUGUAAAUACUUGUGCAUUGCUAUGCAUUUCUGCAGUAGUUUGCGAUCCUUCUUGCAAAAUGAUUGCUAGAAGCGUUUGAGGGUUUUCAAGGUAAUGUUCAUACCUCAGGAUGCAAGAUGAGAAAAAGACUGAUUUAUAAAAUUUCAUACAUCUUGUUAACAAUCUUCGUGGUUUGAGAUUGUGUUAUUUGAAACUGUAAACUGUAAAUUGGUCAGCAAUACAACCAUAGGGUUAAUCAGAGGAGUUGAUGGGAGCUGUAACAUGUUAUUAAUGUCAUACCCGCCUUUGCUGGAUUAAUCAUCUUGAAGUGUAAUAAUUGACCAUUUGCUGCACCUAUCUAAGCAAAUUCUUAUUUUUCUCUGUAAAUAUUUUCCAAAAGAAGUCGUCAAUGUAGGCUGCUCCGUGAACAUGAUAUCAGCAAAGCCUUUGAAAA